GGCAGCCAGUACAGCAAUUGCACUGGCAGCAGGGCCAUUCGCGGCCACCGCCACCAGCACAGCCGCAGCAGCAGACAGUGCGACCACGACCGCAACCACGGCCACAACCACCACCACAACAACAGCAAAUACGGCCAGCACAACAGCAAUUGCGGCCAGCACCGUUGGCUCAUAGCCAGGCAUUUGCCAUGCCGGUGCGCCCACAGCAACCACCACCACAGCCACGACCUAUUCAGCAGCAGCCGCAGCUGAAUCAGCAUACAAAUUCGCAUAUUCUCAACCGGCCACUGCAGCCACUUCGACCACCACCGCCAUCAUGGAUGAUUCGCAGAGACAGUCCACAGUUGCCGUCACAACAACAACACCAGCAGAUAUCAGCACCCAAUCAAUCGCCACCACAGCAGAGACCCCGGCCACAAUUUAUGAGACCGCCACCACAGCAACAGCAGCAUCCGUUCUCGCAGCCUCCGCCCCAGCAGUCCAUCUGCAAUGGACUCCUAGUAGUGGAGUGCAAGCGAGGCCAGUCCACUUGACAGCAUUACCUAACCCAGCAGUCUUAACAGCACCGCCGCAUCCACCGCCACUAGCACCACAAGCACCCCCCAGCACCACAAGCACCACCAGCACAGCAACAGACACUAUCUACGCCCAAUGUCCCUACCGUAGCAGGUGGACCGUGGGUUGCGGCCCAGUCCCAGCAUGCCGCUGCUGGUUCAGCAGCCGACCAAAGAGGACGCAGCCGAAACAGAGUCAGUCCGUAGCAAUGCUCCUGUAAAUGCACCAAGCAGUACUCAGCAGGUACCAUUCGCAAUCAACACCGGUGUAGCAGUGCAGCGGGAUAAUAUUGGGUAUGGCACAUCGGC